CCCUCUCUCUCUCUCUCUCUCUCUCUCUCUCUCUCCCCCUCUCCCUCUCCCUCUCAAACACACACAACAUCUGUACGCUAAUCCUAAUCUGGUGUUUUCCUUUCAGGUUGUGUAAAUCAUAUUGAUCUUUAGAGGGACUUUUUCGAAUCUAGAGCUGCUUCUCGUUAGUGCAUUUCUUGGGGCAAGAUUGGGACGAGAAAGUGGAACUGCUUGACGUUGCAUAGUAGAACUCAUUUAAGCCCUAUUCAAAGUCAAGAUUCUCAUAUUCAACAAUUCCGAAUCAUCAACCAGUAGAAUUUCUGACUUUUUGUUUAUGAGCAUGGAUUCUUUUGAUAAAGUCCCUGGAUUCAUCUACAACCCGACUGCAAAUCCAGAUGGGGAUGCAGAUUUUUCUGGGAUUCUUGAAAUCCAUGUUCAUCAUGCUAGGAAUAUUCAUAACAUAUGUAUCUAUGACAACCAAGAUGUUUAUGCAAAAUUCUCUCUCACCUGUAAUCCGGACGAGACUCUGUCAACAAGGAUCAUCAACGGUGGAGGGAAGAAUCCUGAAUUCAAUGAGGAUUUGAUCAUGAAAAUCAACCAGAUCGACGCUGUACUUAAAUGCGAAAUCUGGAUGCUUAGCCGGGCUAAGAACUUCAUGGAUGAUCAGCUUCUUGGAUUCACCUUACUCCCGAUUUCUUUGGUAAUUGGACAAGGAAAAGUGACUAAAGAUUUUAGCCUGUCUUCUACUGAUUUGUUGCACUCCCCAGCUGGUACUAUCAAAUUAUCCCUUUCUUUGAGUGCAAAUCAAAAUGCUCCCCUCAUUCCCUCUGUAAAUUCUUUAUCUGAUUCGGUUGGUGAUUCGUCUAUAACUUCUGAUCUUUUGGUGGAUAAAAAGAUCCCAGAAGCGUAUUUCAGUUUAGACUUUCCCGAUAUUAAUGUAGUUAAUGAAAACCAACAAAUGGUUUCAGAAUAUUUUUUCUUGGCAAAACCUGGAACCCUUCUCAGGCCAUGGCCCGAGAAGCCCGAUGGUUCAUUUCUUCAACUCGGGUCUGCCCCAAAUCCCCCUGUUGAGGACUAUGAAAUGACUGCUGAUUCUUCUGAGGAGUAUCGGACUGAUUCAGUUUCUCCAGAUGGAAGCAUUCAGAAUUCAGGUUUUUUCAGUUCUACGAUGACAAGUUUGAGCGAUGAUCGAAACUCUGCUGAUUCAAUGGAUAAAAAGAAUUACACAUUUGCUGAUACCUUAAAUUUCCCUAAUGUUGCUUCAAUUAUGAAGGUAGAUGCCAAUCCAAGGUUCAGUUCUUGCCCCGAAACUCCAACAUCAAAGAAGGAAAGUGAGAAAAAGGAAGAGAAUGAGACUAAUUUAGUUUCAACUCAUUCAAGAAGUGCUGAUCUUGAGGCAGAAGAAUCAGCGAUGCAGCAGCAGAUAGUUGAUAUGUACAUGAGAAGCAUGCAACAAUUUACUGAAUCUUUGGCCAAAAUGAAGCUCCCAAUGGCUUUAGAUAGACCUGAAACUGACAAUCAAGGUGAUAUUAUUCAGAACCUUGACAAGAAUAUAAAAAUUGAAGAGAAGAAAAAGGACAAUUCCAGGGUUUUCUAUGGCAGCCGAGCUUUUUUCUAGCAGAGCCACUCGGACUUAGAGCUAGCUGGUACUUCCGGAAAUGUUACAUGGAUCGUCGAAUCAACAGCAAUAAGCCUGGUUUUAUUUGCGUUUAUUGAGGAGUAUAAUUUAAGCUUGAUAUAACAUUACUCUUGUGAUGAGCAUAGAUUCUGUAGAAUAACUUGAAACAUGUAGUUUCAUGUUGUUCGUUUCAUGUUGUUCAUAUCUUUCUUUUAGAACCUAAUGUUAUUGUCGUAUUGUAUUGAUAUAUUUUCCACGUUAUCAUGUUCAUAUAUUAUUUGCACAUCUUGUACUAGACGUACUAAGUUGUGAUAUUUAUGGAUA